AACCUCAGUCCUCUCAGCCUCAUCAAAGACAAACUGAACACAUGGAAACAGAAGCUGAUGGAGAGGACUGUCGAGGACCAGAACCAGCCAGCAACUCAGAUCCAGAGAGCAGUUUACAACCAAAGACUGAGGACCACACUGGAGACUCUUCUGAAGACACUGAUGACUCUUCUGAACCUGACACUGAAGACAGUGCUGAUUGGAAGGAGACCAGAGAACCUGCCUCAGGCUCAAACUCACUGAAAAAUAGACAAGAAUCCGUCAGUGAUCCCCGACGUAGUGCUGGAAAGAACCCAUUCAGCUGCUCAGUCUGUCAGAAAGCUUUUAGAUAUAGACAAAAACUAGAUCAACACAUGAGAGUCCACACAGGAGAGAAACCCUUUCACUGCUCAGUCUGUAAGAAUGCUUUUUCACAGAAUAUACAUUUAAAGCAACACAUGACAGUCCACAUAGGAGAGAAACCCUUUCGCUGCUCAGUCUGUGAGAAAGCGUUUAGAUAUAGAAACAAACUAGAUCAACACAUGAGAGUCCACACAGGAGAGAAACCCUUUCGCUGCUCAGUCUGUGAGAAAGCGUUUAGAUAUAGAAACAAACUAGAUCAACACAUGAGAGUCCACACAGGAGAGAAACCCUUUCGCUGCUCAGUCUGUAAGAAAGCUUUUUCACAGAAUAUGCAUUUAAAGACACACAUGACAAUCCACACAGGAGAGGGAGCACACAGCUGCUCAGUCUGUGAGAAAGCUUUUUCAUGGAGUGGAAGUUUAAAGAAACACAUGAGAGUCCACACAGGAGAGAAACCCUUUCGCUGCUCAGUCUGUAAGAAAGCUUUUUCACAGAAUAUACAUUUAAAGAAACACAUGAGAAUCCACACAGGAGAGAAGGCAUUCAAAUGCUCAGUUUGUGAGAAAGCUUUUUCACAGAAGGAAACUGUAAAGAAACACAUGAGAAUCCACACAGGAGAGAAAGCAUUCAAAUGCUCAGUUUGUGAGAAAGCUUUUUCACAGAGUGGAAAUUUAAAGACACACAUGAGAAUCCACAAAGGAGAGGAAAUAUACAGCUGCAAUGUUUGUGACAAAAGCUUUAAAUGGCGUUAUCUUUUCAAAAGGCACAAGUGUUCCAGAGACUUUUUCUCCCUGGCUAGACGAAGGAUUUUUACUUUGUCCUGGAAGUUCAGCAGCUCGAUCAUGAUGGCCCGCGGGCUGGCACGGGAGUUUUGCCUGGCAGUCGGCGAGCGGUGUGCCCUCUCAAUGAUCAGCAGGGAAGGCAUCUGGCCCCAGGAGCUGCGGGAUGAGCCGGGACAUGAAGCCUAUAAUGUCACUGCCUUCAGCGGACUCCUGGAUUCCUACGAAGCGAAGAAAGCUUUUAGAUAUAGACAACAACUAGAUCAACACAUGAGAGUCCACACAGGAGAGAAACCCUUUCGCUGCUCAGUCUGUGAGAAAGCUUUUUCACGGAGUGGAAAUUUAAAGAAACACAUGAGAGUCCACACAGGAGAGAAACCCUUUCGCUGCUCAGUCUGUAAGAAAGCUUUUUCACAGAGUGGAAGUUUAAAGGAACACAUGAUAAUCCACACAGGAGAGGGAGCACACAGCUGCUCAGUCUGUAAGAAAGGUUUUUCACAGAGUGGAAGUUUAAAGAAACACAUGAGAGUCCACACAGGAGAGAAAGCAUUCAAAUGCUCAGUUUGUGAGAAAGCUUUUUCACAGAGUGGAAGUUUAAAGAAACACAUGAGAGUCCACACAGGAGAGAAAGCAUUCAAAUGCUCAGUUUGUGAUAAAGCUUUUUCACAGAGUGGAAAUUUAAAGGAACACAUGAGAGUCCACACAGGAGAGAAAGCAUUCAAAUGCUCAGUUUGUGAGAAAGCUUUUUCACAGAGUGGAAAUUUAAAGACACACAUGAGAAUCCACACAGGAGAGAAACGAUUCAGCUGCUCAGUCUGUCAGAAAGCUUUUAGAUAUAGAUAUAAACUAGAUCAACACAUGAGAGUCCACACCGGAGAGAAACCCUUUCGCUGCUCAGUCUGUGAGAAAACUUUUUCAUGGAGUGGAAGUUUAAAGAAACACAUGAGAGUCCACACAGGAGAGAAGGCAUUCAAAUGCUCAGUUUGUGAGAAAGCUUUUUCACAGAAGGAAACUGUAAAGAAACACAUGAGAAUCCACACAGGAGAGAAAGCAUUCAAAUGCUCAGUCUGUAAGAAAGCUUUUUCACAGAAUAUACAUUUAAAGAAACACAUGAGAGUCCACACAGGAGAGAAGGCAUUCAAAUGCUCAGUUUGUGAUAAAGCUUUUUCACAGAAGGAAACUGUAAAGAAACACAUGAGAGUCCACACAGGAGAGAAGGCAUUCAAAUGCUCAGUUUGUGAGAAAGCUUUUUCACGGAAGGAAACUGUAAAGGAACACAUGAGAAUCCACACAGGAGAGGAAAUAUACAGCUGCAAUGUUUGUGACAAAAGAUUUAAAUGGCGUCAUUUUUUCAAAAGGCACAAGUGUGUUGGUCUUCAGUCCUCACAGCUUAAUGAAAAUAACGGAGAGGCAGAGCCUCCAAUCAGCAGCUCAGCUGAACACAUGGAAACAGAAGCCGAUGGAGAGGACAAUGAAUAAGUCUUAUGACUGUUCACACGUGAGAGAAAUCUGUCUGUGGACAAUAUGUUUCAUGUUUUUGUCAUUCUGAUGUUUACGUUAAACACUGACUGUUGAUGAACCACUGCUCAUUUAAGGUGGACUGACCUUUACAAUGGACCAGCUAGUCUUAGUGUCUUAAUGCAAACGUUUUGUAAAAUGACUCUAGACCAACAAGGUGCUGUUGGGCUGUGUGCUCUCUGCAGGACGGUGUCUGUACUCAAAGGUUGUUUAUGAAAUGAGAGCUUCACUCUGCUUUUGUCAUCCAAAUGACGCCAACAGAGCGAUACGUCUUCUUUCCAGCAGAUGGCAGACAUGUUACAUCAUCCAGUUCAACUGUCAUCCACAUAGUAAUGAUUCAAAACAGCAAUGUGUGAGACAUGGCUAGUAAUUGACUCACAAUCUCAACAGAAUGUGAAGAGGUUACAGUCUUGCGGUUAUGUCCAAGAUGUUGUUUUUUGUUGUUGUAAGAGAUAAUAGGGAUUGAUGCAGACAAUAACCAGAAGAUAGUCUGGAUAGAGCCUUCAAAGAACCAGAAAGCGUUUUGAAGAUUAUUAGGGAUAUAGAAAGAAUACAAAUAUUACAAAUUAUUAUACUUUUUGCAGUGUCAACAUCUACAAAUGUUAAAGUAUUCAUUUAUUAAUAAAUCAUAUUUGUUAUAA